AUGAAUGCAGAGCAGAGAAUUUUACAAGAGCGAGAGAAUUGGAGAAAGGACAGACCAUUCGGGUUUGUGGCUAAGCCGCAAAUGAAGGCAGACAAGUCACUUGAUCUUUUCAAGUGGAACUGCACCAUACCAGGCCCAGAGAACUCACCCUUUGCAGGGCACAACCUAUCAGCAACCGUGGAGUUCUUUACAACAUACCCAGCAAACCCACCCCAAGUAAAGUUCACACAGCAAGUAUUUCACCCAAAUGUAUAUUCAGAUGGAUUCAUCUGCCUGGAUAUUCUUGACUCAGAGUGGUCUCCUUCGCUGAAUAUUAAAACAAUUUUGCUGGCAGUGCAGACCCUCCUGGGAGAAGCAAAUGUUGAGUCACCUGCAAAUGAGAAGGCAGCAAUUAUGUACACAAAGAAGCCUGCACUGUACACAAAAACAGCAAAAAAGCAGCUCACCAAUAAGAUUGCAAUGUAG